AUGGAGAUGAAUAAUGAUGAAGCGACUAACUUCCCCUCCGCAAACAACAGACUGGAGAAUGAGCUCAAUGUCAAAAUCUACCCUGGGACGGAGAUUAUGACCGAUGUAGGCUCGCAUCAUUUCGUGAGACAAUCAGACACCUCGUCCAACGUCCUGGUGCCGCAGCCAUCUAAUCACCCUGAUGAUCCCCUGAACUGGAAUAAAUGGUGGAAGUUCACCACUUUUUUCAUUGCCAUGGCAAGCAAUGUUAUCAUGGGCAUUGGGCCGCUGGCUCUGGCACCCAUGUUUGGCGACUUGAUUGAGGCUUUUCAUUCCGACUUGGCUGGUGUUGUGCAGUUCACCGGGGUCUGCAUUCUCCUGUUGGGCUUUAGUAAUUUCUUCUGGGUCCCUAUCGCAGACACUUUCGGACGAAGACCCGUUCUCAUCUUUUCCUCCUUGGUCUGUCUAGCGUCCAUGAUCUGGCGUGCCAAAGCAACCACGUACCGCAGCUUCAUGGGAGCUUGUGUCUUGAAUGGAUUUGGAGCUGGGCCUUGUGAGACUCUUUGUCCCCAAGUGAUUACGGACAUUUUCUUCCUCCAUGAGCGAGGCUUCUACAACACCAUGUAUUUUGCCUUUUACUUUGGCUCCCUGAUGGUUGGCCCCAUUAUUGCUGGAGUCAUGGCUCUCCAUGUUGGGUGGCGUAACUUUUGGUGGCUGAACGUCGCUGCCUUCGCUUUUGUUAUCAUUGCCGGAGUGUUCGCCUUUCCCGAGACCAAAUGGCAUCGCGCUCUACCCAGCGAGUUCCAUCAGACAGAGGCCUCCUUGGACUCGACAGCAGACUCGACCGAUGGGAAGGAGAAGACCCAGACCACUGAAAAUACCUCCAAGAGUAUCCCCACCCAACUGGAAUAUCAACAGCCAGCGGUCGAGAGUGACGCCAUGGAUCCGUAUCUCUACAAGGGCAAUCCGUCAAAGAGCCAAUUCCACAUUUAUCAGGCCAACUCCAAGUGGGCUCGAAGCCUUCUGUUCGCUUUCUGGACUCCCUGGCGUCUCCUCGCGUUCCCCAUUGUCGAAUAUGCCGCGUUUGUGGUGUCAUGGUCGGCGAGUUGCCUACUCACGGCCAAUCUGACUCAAGCUCAAGCCUUUGGCGCCCCGCCCUAUAACUGGUCCAGUCAAUCGAUCGGAUUUACCAACUUUGCCUGUCUGGCUGGCGCGAUGAUCGGUCUUUUGACUAACGGCCCCCUUUCGGAUUGGAUCUCCAUGCGAGCAACGAAGAAGAAUGGCGGUAUUCGAGAGCCGGAGAUGCGUUUGCCAGCUUUGAUCCCCUACUUGAUCAUUGCCAUCAUCGGCAACUUCAUCAUUGCGUUUGGAUACGAGUAUCACUGGGAUUGGCGGAUCAUCGUCAUCAUCGGAUACACCUGCGCCGGAAUGCAGGUCACCGCUCUCCCCGCCAUCGCAAGCACAUACGCCGUCGACAGCUACAAACCAGUCGUGGGCUCCGUCUUCGUCGCCAUCACCGUCAACAAGAAUGUCUGGGGCUAUGGAUUUAGCAAGUUCAUCACGCCAUGGACCGAGGAGAGCGGAUAUAUCCCGUGCAUCAUGUUGAACAUGUGUUUGACGGUUUUGUGGGUGUCCUUUGGAGUGGUGCUGUAUUUCCGGGGUAAGCAUUGCCGGAAGUGGACUGCCAAGUCGAGUAUUUGGAAUCUUUAG